CGUAGAUAUCCUAAACAAACAUUCACAAAUAUUUCUAAUCAAGAGAAUGAUGAAAGAAAUUCUGAAAGCUGCUCUUGCCUACUUUGAAAUUGGCAGCCAUGAAUUUAGGACUGCUACAUUACGCUUUCUCCAAAUGCUAGACCAGUGUACGGAUGGCACCAUAGGCCAAUUUGAUGAGUUCCUGAGAGAAAGGGGUCAUGAGCCUCUGUCACCAAGCAUCCUUAAGGCGCUAGGCAAGAAGCCUGAUGACCAUAUUGGGUUCAACGAUUUCUUGAUUUUGAUGUAUAUUGUUAAGACCAGGAGGCCAUGCUGUGAUCUUUGUCAAACAUUUCUCCAAGGUCUGUAUUUCACUUGUGCUAUAUGCUUUGAGACAGAGGAAAAACCCUUCAAUUUAUGCUUAAGCUGCAUAAGCAAGCAAAAGAAUUGUCUUCACGGCCAUGGUUUGUUGGUUGACAAUUUUGCUAUGCUCCACUCUAAAUCCAAAGCUCUUAAACUCCAGCUGGAGAAAAAACCUCUGCAACGACGGGUUCCAAUGAUAACCAACCAUCCUCCAACUUCGCAGGAGAUUCAGCUCCAUGAUUUAUUCCAACAUUUGGAAGAUAGUUAUGUUUCGAAAGAAACACACAUCAAACCAGUCCUUUUUGGCUCUUCUGAUUCCUCCGGAGAUAACACAAGCAAAGUGUGCAACAUUGGUUGAAAAGGGUCGUGGUUAGCUUGGACCAGAGCCACCAUUGCAGUGGUGGUCGCCGUUAUCUAGAGUUCUGUGUGCUCAAAUUAUGUUCUAUUGUAAUAUAAAUAAAAACGGAACAUGGUGUGUUGGAUUGUCAUGUACGCAUGGCUAAAUCUGUAGCUUUUUUUCCUUUCCUGCAUAAUGUGUGUCUGAUCCUCUUGAAUGGGAUGUUAUUUAUAUGCUAUAAAUGAAAGACUCGUGUUGUGAUGUUUGCUCAAA